ACGCGACAAACGGAAGGACUCGGCCAGCACUCGACCAUUCCGUGACCUGGCAACCGGAAAGUUGCCAAACUCUCCUUUUCCCUUAAAUUGGACAUUAUUCUCCACAUACCACGCACGUACAGCGAAUGCAUUAGAAUGAUUUGAAUAGGACCGCGCGCUUCGCAUCGCUGCUCGUGCUUCCGAUGUCCUCGAACCGCAUUGCAACCAAGAACUCCAUGGUACAUCGACAGCGGGUUCCUACCUUCACCCAGCCACCAUAAUGUCCGCCGUCGUCGAUGCUGCGGGCAUAGCCCCCUCGAGUGAGCCAGAUGCAGUUGCGCGUCCUGUUGCCAAGAAAUUCAAGGCAUCCGACCUGCCACUCCCCUCAGCAACGCGAACGGCCAUCGAAGGCCUGGCGCACUCUUUCAAGAAAAAGGGCGGCUACGAUAGAAUCCGCAAACAAGUCUGGGAGAAGUUUGAGGCUAGUGAUUAUGAAGCCCAGGUCACUAAAGCCAUCCUCGAAGUCGCCGAGCAAGAGGUCGAGCGCAAUCCCACUCAGCUUCUGACACUCGAACGAGGCAAAGCGGCAGCACUUAUCGACGGCGCACUCGACCGCGGCGGCGUCUACCAAAAAGCAGAAGAGGUCAUUGGCGCGCUCAUAGACAGUCGCAUGAUUGAGGAUGACAUCCGCAAUUUGCGCUGCGCCGAGAUCGGCGAAGAGGCGGCUGAGGAGGAACGGAUGCGUGGCUUGAAGACGGACGAGGAAUACGCCGCCGAGACGGCCGCUCGCCGGGCUGAGAGGGAGCGCGUUCGGGCGGAGCUAAGGGCGGUAGAGGAAAAGAAGCGGCAACUCGAGCGCGAGAUCAAGGCUAGAGAGGAGACGAAGAGAAGGGAAGUGGAGAGGGCUGCUCGGGAAGAACGGAGAAAGAAGGAACGCGAGGAGGAUGAGCGGAGGGAUAAAGAGCGCCGCGAACGGCGCGAAAAGGAGAGGGAACAAGAGAAGGAGCGGGAGAAGGAACGGGAUAGGGAGCGGGAGAGCCGGAGAGACAGGGACCGAAGCCGCGACCGGGACAGGGAGCGCGACAGAGAUCGUGAUCGAUUCCGCGAACGUGGUUACGACAGCUACCGGGGCACUCCGAGGGAUCGAUCAAGGGACAGAGAUAGAGGCAGGGACAGGGAUAAGGACAGAGAUCGUGAUCGGGGCCGGCGAGACAGUCACGACAACAGACCGAAACCUGCGACCGAGGAUCGAGGAGACGAAACCGAAAAAACUCUCACCAAAGAGGAUCAUGACCGUCUGGAGCAGGAAGCCUUGGCCGACCUUCUUCGGGAAAGCAAGCGGGUUACGACGAAGCAGCCCGAAUUGGAGAUUGACGAAACUCUGGUACCUCCACCGAAGAAGACCAAGCCCGCAUCCGCAAUUGACCCGAUUCAGCGGUCGACUCCGAAGGCUCCUGAGGCGAAACCAGUGGAAACCAAGAGGGCUGUGGUGGAGUCUAAGAAGCCAGUGGAGGCUAAGGAGUCCAGGAAACCAGUGGAGGCUAAAGAUUCAAAAGAUACGAGUGAUACCAAGCCCCCCACGGCUCCUAAGGAGCCUGAAGCGAAGCCUGAAAAGCGGAGGUCUAGGAGUCCUUCGCGCGCUCCUCGGACUCACCACGGGAGGGAUAGAAGCCGAUCCAGGAAUGACGACCGUAAACGGAAGGAUGCUCGAUCCCGCACGCCACGACCUCGUGAGCGAAGCCGCUCUCGCAGAAGGAGCCGGUCGAGGCUACGGGACCGGAGAGACGAACGGAGAGAUGACCAUCGGGACGACCGCCGGGAUGACCAUCGUCACAGUCGUCGCGAUGAUUCUCGCGCCACGCGCCGGGAUGAUCGCAAGGAUGAGCGGAAGAAUGAGCGGAGAGACCGCAGCGCGUCUCGCCCAAGGACAGAAAAGCGAGAGCGAAGCCGUUCCCGUCCGAGGACGGCGAAGACCGACGACAGGAGGGAAAGAAGCCGCUCCCGCCGUCGUGACCCCCGCGACCGCAGUCGUUCUCCGCGCCCGAGAACCGAGCGACGCGACCGGUCUCGCUCCCGUUUGCGCUUCGGCCGUCGGGAUAGGAGCCGGUCUCGAUCUAGGAACCGCGACCGCCGUGACAGGCGGGAGCGCAGCCGUUCGCGCGCUCGCACCGAUCAGCGAGAUCGCAGCCGUGAUCGCGACCGCGAUCGCGACCAACCCCGCGAGAAAGAUGACAAGGACAAGGUCAAGGUCAAGGAAGAAGACAAGGAACGCCGGCCGAGGAGCCGCUCACGAUCGCCGCCGAGCGCGGCCCGGCCUCCCUCUCGCCUCAACCACACCGAAAAGGAGGCGUGGAAGCAGGCCGAGGUCAAGAAGCGUGAGCAGGAAGCCAAGGCCUAUCUCGCAGCCCAGAAAGAGGCCAGGGAGAAGGGCAUGCCGGUGCCUGGUAUUGACGAUCGUCGCGCUGGAGACAGGUCACCAGACCUAAAGCGCCGGCGUGAACCGGAGGAACAUGAUCGCUACCUGCCCGGCGACCGCGAUCGUGAUCGGGACCGUGAUCGGGACCGUGAUCGGGACCGUGAUCGGGACCGGGACAGGGACCGAGAGCGAGAUCGCAUGGAUUACCGCGGGGGUGAUCGUUACGAUGGCGAUCGCGACAGGCCUAGAGAUAGGGAUAGGGACCGCGACAGGCGCGACCGUUCUCGCGAUCGCGACCGAGCCAGAGACGACCGUCGAGACACGAGACGCCGGAGCCGGUCGAGAAGCCGUGAUCGCGAGAGGGACCGGUCUAGAGACAGGGAUAGGACCAGGGACCGCGACCGCGACCGCGACCGGGAUGGGGAUAGAGACAGCCACUACCGCCGCAGCCGCCGCGAGCGGAGCGUGUCCUCCCGACGGGACAGGGAACGAGACCGAGACAGGGAUCGCGACCGUGACCGUGACCGUGACCACGGGCGGACUCGGCGCGACAGCCGGCGGCGGAGCAGGAGUCGCGGCUAGGAGCCGCGACCUGU